AUGAAGAAGAUUCGCCUUGAGGGCGACGACGAAGGUGUGCCAUCGACGGCUAUCCGGGAGAUCUCGCUGCUCAAGGAGCUCCAGCACGAGAAUAUUGUCAGGCUCUUGGACAUUGUGUACCAUGGCGCGAAGCUGUACCUGGUGUUUGAGUUCCUGGAUCUGGAUCUGAAAAAAGUACAUGGACAGCGUAGGGCCAGGCCGGACUCUCGCCGACGCAAGUCAAGCUACAUGCACCAGCUGGUCAAGGGUCUUUCAUUCUGCCACGCACACCGCACCCUGCACCGCGAUCUGAAGCCGCAGAACCUCCUGAUUGACCAGUCCGGCAUGCUCAAGAUCGCCGAUUUCGGCCUGGGCCGUGCAUUCGGCGUGCCGCUGCGCGUCUAUACACACGAGGUGAUCCUGAUGGGCUCGCGCCACUACUCAAUCGGCAUGGACAUGUGGUCGGUGGGCUGUAUCUUUGCAGAAAUGGUGCAGCGGAAGCCGCUGUUCCCCGGCGACUCUGAAAUCGACGAGAUCUUCAAGAUCUUCCGGGUGCUGGGCACGCCAACCAAGGAGAUCUGGCCCGAGGUCACGCUGCUGCCCGACUACAAGCCCAGCUUCCCCAGGUGGCAACCGCAGGAUCUGCAGGCGAAGCUGCCGAAGCUGGAUGCGGUGGGCAUCGAUCUGCUCAAGCGUAUGCUGACCUACGACCCAGCGUACCGCAUAUCCGCGAAGCAGGCCCUGCUGCACCCGUACUUUAAUGACAUCCAAAAGUGA